AUGGGCACCGUCACUGCCGCUGGUAAAUCCCGCCCUCUCCCUCACCCUCCGCAAGCUCGAUCUCCCGUGCUGGGCUUACCUCCGACCCCCUCUCCCCCCCUCGCAGAUCCGCACCCGUCCUUCCUCGCCGACAAGGACGCGAAGGUCUUCGUCGCCGGCCACCGGGGCUUGGUCGGGUCCGCCAUCGUGCGCCGCCUCCUCUCGCUCGGCUUCACCUCCGUCGUCGUCCGCACCCACGCCGAGCUCGACCUCACCCGCCAGGCCGACGUCGAGGCCUUCUUCGCCGCCGAGCGCCCGCGCUACGUGGUUCUCGCGGCCGCCAAGGUCGGCGGCAUCCACGCCAACUCCACCUACCCCGCCGACUUCAUCGCUGCCAACCUCCAGAUCCAGACCAACGUCGUGGACGCCGCGCUGCGCUGCGGCUCCGUCCGCAAGCUCCUCUUCCUCGGCUCCUCCUGCAUCUACCCCAAGUUCGCGCCGCAGCCCAUCACGGAGGGCUCGCUCCUCUCCGGCCCGCUCGAGCCCACCAACGAGUGGUACGCCGUCGCCAAGAUCGCCGGCAUCAAGAUGUGCCAGGCCUACCGCAUCCAGCACGGCCUCGACGCCGUCUCCGCCAUGCCCACCAACCUCUACGGCCCGCACGACAACUUCCACCCCGAGAACUCGCACGUCCUGCCCGCGCUCAUCCGUCGCUUCCACGAGGCCAAGGCCACCAACGCCCCCGAGGUCGUCGUCUGGGGAUCAGGCUCGCCGCUGCGCGAGUUCCUGCACGUUGAUGACCUCGCCGACGGCGUCAUCUUUUUGAUGGAUCAGUACUCUGGCCUGGAGCAUGUCAAUGUGGGGAGUGGGAGUGAGGUCACCAUCAAGGAGCUUGCCGAGCUAGUCAAGGAGGUGGUCGGCUUCCAGGGGAACCUGGUGUGGGACUCCAGCAAGCCGGACGGCACACCCAGGAAGCUCAUGGAUAGCUCCAAGAUACAGGGGAUGGGGUGGAAGCCCAAGAUCGCACUCAAGGAAGGCCUCGUCGAAACCUACAAAUGGUAUGUCGAGAAUGUCAUCUCGAACAAGAAGUAG